CCAUAGUCAGUGCCCUGUCCUUGCUUCGGCAUUUUCAGAGGCAGCUGCCCUAGGACCAAGCUUGCACAGCGUUCCCUAACAUUUUUUAAUUUCAUAUGCGGUGGGGAAAAAAGGUUCACUUCACAUUAAAAAAAAAUGCCAGCAGCUGUGAAAAUUUGAGCAUUGUACUCAAAAAUCUACCGUCAUCAUUACAUUCCUAGGAGGAACAUGGAAUUAAAAAAAACUGCCGGAAAAGGAGCCUAAUAUUACCAGACCGUGAAGGGCCACCUCCGUCCACAAUCAUCAACUGUCCACAGUCAUCAUCUCUCGUGGAUGAGACGUAAACCAAGUUUGAAAUACAAGACUCCAAAAGACACUUUGUUUUUCUCCCUCUCCGGCUGAUGCUCUGCAAACGGUUAAAACCGCGCCUCGCUAAUCAGAAUCCACAGAUUUCUCGGAGUCUAAUUUGUAACGGAUACCUUGAUCUGGGAAAAAAUACAAUCAUUGUAGAGAAGCGCUCGACUGGGAAAACUGUGUGUACAGCUAGGACAGUAGGACAUCAAUUACUCUACGUAGAGGCACAUCGGCAGAGCCAAAUUAUCCGAGUGGAUCUUUCUCGUGCAGUGAUGAGUCCAACACUGCUUACUGAUACUUAGAGGAUCCUUCGGGUUUCGUUACUCACAAGAUGAUGCUCAACGCGCCUCCCCCUCCCAUGGCCCAGCAGUUUCCCCCUCAGUUUUCUCAAGUCCCGCCCCCUACUUCCCAGAUUGUCUACUGUGCGCACUGUCCGCCCAAUGGACUCGGCGGGACAUUCCAGCCGGUGUUCAGCUCCCAGCAGCCACAGAAACCCAUGCAGCAUCCGAUGCCCGCCAUGGCAGGCCAACACCAACUCCCCGGCCAGUUGGCCGCCCAGAUGCCGGGCCAGCUCCCCGCUGGUCCCUACCAGCAGCAGCAGCCCCAGUUUGCCCAGAACGGCCUGGAGGGUUACCAGCAGGCGCCCCAGAUCCAGCCCCAGUACACCGCCACCGUUGUGCCCCAGCCAGCCGACGUGCCGGCCGUUUACACCCAACCCCAGGAGGGACCGGGUCCCCAGCCCGUCUACAGCCAGCCCCAGCCCUCGGGGGAAGGGGCUGCAGUGGGGUUCGUUCAGGGACCGCCGCCCACUGUCAGCGGGGAGCAAGCCGGGGCCACGCCCACAUUCAGCCAGGUACUGGUCAGGAAUUACGGUGAGCAAGUACAGACAUCACAAGCGCCCCCAACGGGGGAGGUGGGCCAGGCCGUCGUGCCGGCGUUACCCGCCGCCAAGCCUGGCGAAUCGCCCAAGAGGCUUCAUGUAUCAAAUAUCCCAUUCAGGUUCAGGGAUCCAGACUUGAGGGUCCUUUUCGGGCCCUUUGGUCCCAUCAUCGAUGUAGAAAUCAUCUUCAAUGAGCGGGGGUCAAAGGGAUUCGGUUUUGUAACUUUCCAAAAUAGUUCGGACGCCGACAGGGCACGAGAGAAAUUGAACGGCUCAAUUGUUGAGGGGCGCAAAAUUGAGGUGAACAAUGCAACAGCGCGGGUCAUGACGAACAAGACACCUAAGUCAAUUACUGGUACCGAACUGCUAAGCACUGUGGAGCUGCCGAUUUUCCCAGCCGGUGCUCUCAGGGCGCCAGCGAUAGGCAGAGGGCGGGCCACGAGAGGCGCGUACACUGCCUACCGAAUUGCUGCCCCGCCCCCCGUGGCUGGCUACACGACGGCCACGGCCAUCUACCCAGAGGCAUUCUACCCAGAGAGAUAUCAGACUGACCUUCUCUUGCAGAGCGCGGCGGCUGGAUACGGAGGCUACAUCAGCCGAUACGCGGCCACGCCCACGGCCUACGCCAUCCCGUACGGCCGGGAGUACACAGCUGACCCGUACCACCCGACGAUCGGCCCCACGGCAACGGCGUAUGGGGUAAGAUACCCCUCCUUGACGACAAGGCAGACAGGUAUUUACAGAGGAGGCUACGCCCGCUACACGCCAUACUAAACAAACAAACAAACACCAAGAACUGUGCUGCCAAUUAAAUUAUACAGAACAACUCUUCUUAUUAUGUUAAGAACGUUUAAACUGCCUGUAAAGUAAGAAUCUGACACUUUUAAAACGCGUGCUGCACCUUGGUCAAGAAAACCGCUGUGACAAUCGGAUGGGUAGGCAUUUGUGCUGGACGCCAGCUCUUCAGGGUACCGGCUGGCUUGAUGAGAUGGCCAGUGUUGUCUGGGAACCAGUUGUGCCAGACUGGGCCCCCGACUCCCUUCAUAAGAAUUCUGCUGGGGAAUUUCAGAGUACCAGCCAUGCAUCACCGGUGACAUGACCAUGUAUAGUGUUACUGCUUGAGAAUGUCAUGAGUACCAGCUGUUUCACUGGUUAGCUGUUGAAGGAGUAACAGAAGCUUGCUCGGUCAAGUAGGAAACUGCCAGACUGGACUCAAUUGGUAAUUGUAACAUCUCAAAUUUUGGGUCAAGUUGACACCCAAAGAUCAAUGAAAGGACCAACAUUCAAAAGGAUCUUCUGUAAGAUUGUAGAUUUGUCCAAAAAAAAAGUCAUAGUGUACUGUAUUGAUGCACAGGUUUUUCUGUAAAGUCCAUGUUUGAUGUUAGAGUUACCGAAUGGACAGUAAAUAGGUGCAGGGAAGAUGUCUACUUUACAAAGAAACUUUGUAGAGAUCCCCAAAUUUUACAAAAAGGAUUUUAGUUUUUGAAGCCAACUCAAACAAACUGCGAAAAAAACAAUCAAAUAAUAAUGUAAAGAAAGUUAUAUAAGAAUGCGAAAACAAAUCAAAGUCUUUUAAGACAGCUCACUUGAACUCAUUCAGAGAUGAAUCAUAUAGGUUGUUCUUUACUAACAUGUAAUACGAAGACAACUCAUUAUUCCCACAGGGUAAUCUGGUAAAGUACGCAGAAUUGUAUUUUUUUGUUCUACAACCGUCAUACAAAAGCAGCUAACAAAAUAUACUAACAGGGUGAACUGACUUCAAGGUAUUUGCCAUGUAUUCUCUUGUAAAUUCAAAUCAAAAAAAAAAAAAAAAAUACCAAAGGACUAUUUCAUAAGCGUGCACUUUUAACUGUAUUGCAACCAUAAUGCUGUUUUGGUCUCAUGCCUAAUGUACAUGUAGGCUGAUACCUAUAACUUUGUGACCAUAUUUGAUGGUAUUUUCAUAAAGCCCUCGGGGAACCAGACAAAUGUGUCACCAGUUGAAGUCUUUGUUGGCAGUAUUGCUUUUGGCUGGUAUCCUGUAAGGUUUUGCUAACUGAAUUUGCCAAGUGGGAUAUCUUGCUCAACAGUUGCUUAUUGGUUGCAUUAAAUCCAUUUGUUUUAAGAUGAGAGGCCCACAAUAAUCCAAUCCUUGUGGCCAAACAGAUAAAAAAAAAUUAAAUCAAAAUCCUUUAAUUUGGUUUGUUCAUUGCGAAAUUUAUGGAAAGUGACCAACACAAAUGUUUACAGUGUUGCUCACUCCAAAAUAAAUACAUGUAUCAAUUUAAUUUUCCUUUACCAUUCAGAAAAAAAAGCUUCACUGUCAAUAAAAAGUGCAAAAUGCCUCAAUUGUAAACAAAAAAAGUGUCUUAAGCAGAUUCAAUGCCGUCAAUGGGCAUUCUUAAGCCGAGAUAUUCUCCAUGUAACCAGCUUAUGAAGAAAAUGAAAUAUUUUUGGGAUAGACACAAAAAACAGGUGUUUUUGAACAAUGUUAUACUUGAACAACAUGCACAGUGUGGUAUUCUUCCAUGCACGCAAGUGGACACAGGCUUUUUACGGCUUGUCUCGUUUUUGUACAUAAAACCUUAAAAAAGCAAGUAGUGCUCCAGAAGAUUAGGUAACUUUCGAGUUUUAGUGGCAAUAUUUUGCUAACUGCUAGUUUUUAAUCAGUAUUUUUUCUGUCAUUUUAUUUGCAAACAGUGCAGGAAUUUGUACCACAUUCCUGGCCACGUUUGAACUUUUUUUCCUGUCUUCAAAAAGUCUUGCAUGUAGUAUUUUAUUCCUUAUGAUAGACCUUUAUUUAUUCAGACACAUUGUUACGUGCUAAAUGUGGUGCUAUAAUUUCAGGGUUGAUGUAUUAAAAAGGGGAACAGUUUUUUUUUUAAAGUGUGCUAUGAACCCAGUACACAUCCGAAGGAAAUUGCUCAAGUUUAGCCAAUCAGAUUCUGUAUGAAUAUUCAGUGCCUCGUGCUACCACACGAUUGGAUGGGCAUUUAAUCUCUUUUGGUAAUCUUCAACCAAUCAGAAAUCAGCAGCCGUUUAACAAGGAUAGAACAGCACUUUUGAUUGGCUCGUUACGGUGGUUUUUUUUUUCAGAGUCGAGGAAAGUCUCACUUCUAGUAAAGAGCAACAAACAACAGUUCUUUGCUGUUUUGAGUAAAAGAUGUUUUUAAUCGGGCUGCGAUUUUUAAUUUUCACCUUUGGUCGAACAGUUCCUAUACAAACAGAUAUACUGCCACGGACAUCACAGCAGAGAGUAUGAUAGCUAUCAUUUGUUUUGAUUUUGUUUCUUCUUUUUUAAGUAAAUAUUGUUAUUUAACACAUUGAAAGUGUGCAUCCUUUAUAUUCUAGGCUAAGACGCUUGCCCGUAAAUAUUAAACACUUGUAUAGAACUGACAGCAGCACUCUCAUUAAAUAUUGUGCUGUUGCAUUUCUUCCAGUUUACAUGUAUUAUUGCAUAUAAACUAUUUAUUUAUUUCUGUAAACAUGUCCAUUUGAACACUGUACAGUCGUUAAACUCCUUUUUUUUUGGUGUCUUUUGCCGCAAGUCUGAAAAUGGCACAGUAUUAAAUAAAAACGUUUUUAAUAAUGGACACAAGAACAUGAGACCCUUGUUUAACGAUACAUUUAUAUUUAUUGUUCAAUAUAUUGAAUUUAUUGAAACGUGUCUAUUGUAGCCUGUAUAGAUUAAGAAAAAAACAAAAAACAGUUUAAUUGAGUGCAAUGGUUUACCCCCUGGUAAUCCAAUGGCCUGAGUAUUGUUAGAUGUUGGUGUUUUAUCUAAUGGUGUAGAAAACCAUUGUACAGUGUGCUAUUAUAUCGUGCCCUCCACAAAUGGCAAGGGCAUGUUUACUUUUUUUUGAUGCCCUGUCUGUUUUUUGUUGUUGCUUUUCUGUUAUUCGUUAUAUUUUAAAAGUUUUGCUGUUGUCAUGGGUAUCUGGGAGUAGUUGAUGCCACUGAGUUUUACAAGAUUUGAUGAACAAGAAUAACUUUUUUUAGUGCUAUAAUACAGUUUUGCUUUUAGUGAAACACAAAACAAUUUUAAAGACUGGAAUAUUGUUAUUCUUAUAUUGCCAUUAUAUUACAUGUAGUCACUAUUUCUUUCCUUUGUCUUUUGAAAAUCUUCAUUUACUUUCAGCGAAUGUUUUGUUAUCUUAGGUUUUCCCUCAUGUUACAAGUUCAUUUUUUAAACAUUUAUUUAUGCAGCUCUUUACAAGUUGUACCAUUUUGUCUCGGUAGUUAUUUGAAGUAGAUAGUGUUUUAAGUUGGCAUAUCUCAUUCUUAUUUGGAAAAUUCAUGCAAAAGUGCACUCAAAAUCACUGGGGAAAAUAAUUUGACAAAAAAGAGAAAGGUUUAGUAACAAAUAAUUAAACAUACAGCAAUUGGCCAAUCAAUCAGAUAGUUUGUCUUUUCAAUCCAGCCAUACUUGACCAAUCGUGUGCCCUGUUCUAGCAGGCCUGUGAAGUUGAUUGGCUGUCUGGAUUUGUAUAUUUGAAUUUCACAGUAUGCAACAGUCAUGAAAAUGUAGACGACUUGUUUUGUUUUGGUGUUUUUCUGGCAUUUGGUUUUGUUUCUUUUGCACUAUAAUGAUUAAAUUUGCAACUGUGCUAGUAGGAAGGGUUUUUUUUUUUUAUUUUCCUUUGAGAUAUCAUUUAUCCAGUCUCUGAAAUUGUCUUUUUUUUAACACUAUGUGUGCUAUUUCACAGGUAAGAAGAUAGUUUAGUAGAGUUUACUGAAUACCCUCACUGUUAAACUCGAUAUGAUAUUCAAGCAAAAACUGUGGGUAGAUUUUGUAAUGGUUUCACGGCUUUGCGCCUAGUAUGUAUCAAAUAGGGUUUUGGUGAAUGGUAUAUGUAUAAAUGCCGCUUAUACCAUUUAAACAAACAGUCGCAGAUUAUCAGGUCCAAAUACAAUGUAUGUGUAACCUAACAAGUAAAUAGACUACGCAUAGUUGAAUAUUUCACCGCAUUAGUAUGGUUAGCAACAGUUAUACCAAAAAGGGUUGACUUUUGUUUGUGUGCAUUACAACCUCUUUACCAAGGCACAAAUAGUGAGAUAUUUUUCUGAAGUAAAAGCCUUGAAUCUUUUGGAUGACUCCAUUUUUCCUGUUAGUGUUUAAAAUAAACUGUACCAAGAUUUGUAUUUUGGGGUUUUUGUUUUUUUUAAGGGGAAAA